UUUGUUUCUGGAGCAGUUUUUUGUCCGGAACUAAAUACAGGACAUCCUUGUUCUCAAACGUAACAUCUGGAUGAGACACAGUGGCAAAGCAUGGAUGAUCCAAAGAAAAAUAAACUCUUUUCUGGAGAGGGUGAAGAAAGAGUCAACUGGAAAAAACGGAAAGCAGAAAAGAAAGAACAGAAGAAGAAAUGGAAGGAGGCCAAGCUGAUUCAGCAGUUGGAGAAACAACAGCAGAAGGAAGAAGAGGUGAAGCAGCAGCAAUCUCAGGAGGAAGAGGAGAAGACUAUAGGUCGUUUGUACACAGUAAGUGUUGCUCUGCCGGGCUCCGUGUUGGAUAAUGCACAGUCGCCUGAACUCCGCACUUACCUGGCUGGACAGAUUGCUCGUGCCUGCGCCGUCUUCUGCGUGGAUGAGGUGGUGGUGUUCGAUGAGCAGGGCGAAGACAGCAAGGGAACUGUCGAGGGAGAGUUUAAAGGAGUUGGAAAGAGAGGUCAAGCUUGUGUCCAGCUGGCCCGGAUCCUGCAGUUCCUGGAGUGUCCACAAUAUUUGCGGAAAGCGUUCUUCCCCAAACACCAUGACCUGCAGUUUGCUGGUCUUUUGAACCCUCUGGACAGCCCACAUCACAUGCGAAUUGAUGAGGAGUCAAAUUUCAGAGAGGGUGUGAUUGUGGAUCGACCAAGUAAAGCAGGAAAAGGGUCUUUCGUCAACUGUGGGAUGAGAAAGGAAGUUCAGAUAGAUAAGCAGCUUCAGGCUGGACUGAGGGUGACUGUACGUCUUAAUAAAAACCAAAACACAGAGAGCAGGGUGUAUAAAGGAGUAGUCGUGGCUCCUCAUGUUCCCAGGACAGAAGGUGGGCUUUACUGGGGCUACAGCGUACGUCUCGCCUCCUGCCUCAGUGCCGUAUUGACUGAGAGUCCAUUUAAAGAUGGCUAUGAUCUGACUAUUGGGACAUCAGAAAAAGGCAACAAUGUUGAUGAUACCACUCUUCCACCAUUCAGGCAUCUGUUAGUGGUCUUUGGCGGGCUGCAUGGUCUGGAAGCGAGUGUUGACGCUGAUACAAACCUGGACGUAACCGACCCCAGUGUACUCUUUGACCUCUACCUUAACACCUGUCCUAGCCAGGGCAGCCGCACCAUCCGCACCGAGGAGGCCAUACUGAUCUCCCUGUCAUCAUUACGACAAAAAAUCGCCACUGCUGUAUCUAACCAGGCCAACCGGUAACAUCUGGAAGAGAAGGCGGGCACAGUGAUGUGACCAAAAUAAAUAACAACACUCGAGGAAGAGAAUAAUUUGUCAGCAAAUGUUUCAGACCCAGACAUUGGACUUGAGGAAUAUUCUGGACUGUACCAUUGCAUAUUUUAUCCUGUAAUAUUGUUAAUAUAAUAAUUGUCAUUUCUCACACACAAAUAAUAUUUCUAAUAGAAUGAAAUAACAAAAAAAAGAAUCAGUCUUGUUUUUGUUUUUUUUAAUUAAAGAGAUAUAAUGCUUUAAA